CCUGCGCCGAGCCGCGCGGCCCGCCCUGCACCGGGGAAACCGGGGCCGGGGCGCCCUGCACCGGGGCGCUGAGCCUGCUUUGGGCCGAGGUGCCCUGCGCCCAAGGUGUGAUCCCGCCCUGCACCGGAGCGCCUUGCACCGCGGUGCCCUGAACCCGAGCUCUGAUCGCGCCCUACACCCGGAGCGCCGAUCCCGCCCGCCGCGGGGUCCCGAUCCCGCAGGAUGCUGAACGUGCCGCCGCCGCAGCCCUUCCCCGCGCCCGGCUCCCAGCAGCGAGCGGCUGCCGGCGGCCGCAGCAAGGUACCUCUAAAACCAGGAAGGAGUCUUAUGGAUUGGAUUCGACUAACUAAAAGUGGGAAGGACUUGACUGGUUUAAAAGGAAAGUUAAUUGAAGUGACUGAAGAUGAGCUUGCUAAGCACAACAAAAAGGAGGACUGCUGGAUAUGUAUAAGAGGAUUUGUGUAUAAUGUCACACCAUACAUGGAAUAUCAUCCCGGUGGUGAGGAUGAGCUAAUGAAAGCAGCAGGAACUGAUGGUACAGAUCUCUUUGAUCAGGUUCAUCGCUGGGUCAAUUAUGAAUCGAUGCUGAAGGAAUGUCUUGUUGGGAGAAUGGCUGUCAAGCCUAUUGCUGCUCCAAAAGAGAUUUCUUCUACUCUAUCUGAAGAAAAGAAACAGCUUAAUGGUAUGCUUCCUGAGAAGAAAGUACUGGGUGCUUCUGCUAAAGAUAUAACUCCAAGUUAUGACUGGUUCCAAACAGAGAGUUUGAUCACCAUUGUUGUAUAUACUAAACAGAAGGAUAUGAAUGCAGAGUUGGUGAUAGUUGACUGUCAAGACAAACGAUUAAGGGGAGAGAUCAUUGUGGGUGACCACUCAUACCUUGUAGAAAUUGACUUGGAUCAUGCAGUUCAAGAAGACUUGACUGUGAAUAUUGCUGAAAAAGUUGGGAAAGUAGAGAUUAUCUUAAAGAAAAAGGAUAAAACUCAUUGGAAAAUGCUGGGACAGCCCUUAGAGGGUCACAAUACUUUUAUCAGACAAGUGGACAGAGGACUGUUCUACAGAAAAUGCAAGUUGGUUUCUAAGACAGAAGUUACCCAUGACACCAAACUCUUCUGCUUACUGUUACCUAAGAGCACUCAUCUCCAGAUUCCCACUGGACAACAUAUUUACCUCAAACAAAUCAUUGCAGGGACAGAGAUAGUAAAACCAUACACACCUGUAUUGCCUUUUUUGCCACUGGAUUUCAAAGAACCAUCUUGCCCUGAUGGUGCACAUAUAUAUUUAAUGAUUAAAAUUUAUUCCUGCGGACUGUUCACGCAGGCACUUGACCAUCUACAAAUUGGAGACUAUAUUUCUGUCAGCAAUCCUGAAGGUAACUUGAAGAAGUCAAAAGUUCAAACUGCAGAAGAACUCUUCUUAUUGGCAGCAGGCACAGGGUUCACGCCAAUGGUUAAACUGCUGAAUUUUGCUCUGACUGAAGUUAGUUGCCUCCGGGCAGUGAAGCUGAUAUUUUUCAACAAAACUGAAGAAGACAUACUGUGGAGGAACCGAUUGGAGCAAUUAGCUCUUAAAGAUGAGAGGUUUGAGGUUCAAUUCAUUCUUUCACAACCAACAAAGGACUGGGCGGGUAGACAGGGGAAGAUUUCUUCAUCUCUUCUUUCUGAGUUUGUGAAAAGAAGCAGAAAAGACUCCAAAGUGCUUAUCUGCAUCUGUGGCCCAACACCUUUUACAGAACAAGGAGUACAAUAUCUGAAGGAUCUUGGCUAUUCCCUAGAAGAGAUACACGCUUUUACUGCAUAAACCCACCUAUGGAUAUCUAUGUUUGUUUGUAUAAGUCAAUCUUAUUUAUUUAUCUUCAUGAAUUUAAAUAAGUGUGAAGCAAUUUUGUAAGACUUGAAAUUUCACUCUUGGUACCAAACUGUUUCUGGGGAGAAAUACAUCUUUGAAAAAAUUUUAUACUGUGUUUUAUCUUGGUUUUGUAAAUACUUUUGCUAAUACUUAAGUCAUCCAGGGUAUUAAUUUAUUGUAGAGACAAGCAAAAAUGUGUAAUACACAUUAUAUAAGAUAUUUCAUGUUGUUGAUUUAUGAGAAUUCUUAAAUUUGUGACAAGCACUGAUUUAUUUAGGUUUUGACUUGAAAAAGCUUAUUGUUUCUUACUGUAAAAAGUCUUAAGAGCAAUACUGUCUGAAAUUAAAUAUUGCACUGUAACUCAGGUAACCGGUCAUUGAAAAAUAUUCUUUUUCAUCUGAUAUCUCUGUUUGAUUUGCAAGUGAUCCAGAUACACUUUUGGCUUUGUAAACAAAGAAUAAAAGUACCUUUGGUAAAAUACAAAAUUUACAUGAAAUAAUAAAGAAAUAAUAAUUUUACAAUACUUCAUACAUUUUUGUAAAUUGUUUGUAUUUUCAGUUUAUAAUGUGGUACAGAAGGGUUUGCACAAGCUUAAAACACCAGCUGAGAAUUUAGAACAGAAGCACUGAGUCUUGGUCUCCCACAAAACUUUCUGUGAGACCUCACUGUUAUCAGGCAUCCCUCAUCAUGAGACAUUCUAGAGGUAAAAUAUGACAGAUUGUGGCCUGCAGAUAUCAGGGUAAAGACCUUAGAAUUACCUAAAAAGUUAUUGACAGGUUGCGGUAGUAUUAAAUGAGGUUAUUUGCAUUGGUGAGAUUUUUUUACUCCAUUAUUAAAAGGAUGUUAACAUGAAGCGGUAAUCUAAAACUAGUUUACUAAUAGUUUGGAGAAAGAAGCAGCAAAACAGAUGCCCUCUGCUUCUAGAUGUUGUCAAUAGUAUCUGUAGGCAUUGUUUUGAAUGACAUCAACUACUCUUUGCAUACUCCUGUUGUGUUGAAUGGGUAUUUCUUCCUCCUAAGAAGCCAGAUUUGCAGUUGUGGUGUUCAUGCUUCAGCAUUCAUGAAAAAUAUUGUAAAAAUACCUUUUAAAAAGGUCAAGUUGCUAUCAGAGAGUGACUGGCUAUGCUAAACUAAGCUGUUGUCUCUUCAGAGGCCUCUUGUUUAUUAGACCAGAAGUCAGAAAAGGAUCCAGUUGUCAGUCAUUCCCAUAGGUCCUAAGUUAUUUCAGAAGAGACAGUGGUAGUGUCAUCGUUUUGUUAUAUAGAAAGAUCUAAAUGUUUUCAGUUACAAUUUUGAAAUGCAUUAUUUGUGGAGAUUUAUAGUAGAAAGCUCUGAACAUUGUUCUCUUCUGCUAAGCAGAAACAAUAAAACAUUAUAAAACAUUCAUUGAAUUUUACCAUUUUUUCUGUCACAAACCCAAGAUUACUGUGGUGACUUAAAAAAUUACAUUUUGGUGUUAAUGACUAAACCUUACAUCUUCCAUAGGACACUGAGGAAUUCCUCAUGUUUCCAAUCACCUGAGAUCUGACGUGGUGGUCUCUUGUGUAGAAGAAUUUAAUUAAUUGCCUCCCUCUCAGGCUUUUUGGUUUUAACAGGUUACUUUGCCAAUAUCCUGCCCUUUGUGUUUUGAUCAUCCUUACCUACCUUUAUCCAGAAGGACGAAAGGAAGUGUGUUGGAUAAGUAGCUGUUGUGACACAGAGUAUCAAUGGCUUUGGCCUAGUUGGUUCUAGUACAGUAGGUGUAGAAGCUUCUGCAGUCAGUGUGCAUCCUCUUUGGUUUCUGACAGUCUGUUUCCAGUCUAGAGUGCUAAUGGUAAUUGCUGCUGACAGUUGCAGCUUGGAGGAAGUUGUGCUCUUGGAGACUUUUGUGGUUCUGAAGUGAGGAAGACCCUAAUGUGUGUCUCAUCCUGUAAGGGGAGAGGAGUUUAAAAUUCUUAUAGAAUAAUUUAGGUUGGAAGGGACCUUAAAGAUCAUCCAGUUCCAACCCCCUGCCACGGGCAGAGACACUUCCCACCAGACCAGGCCUUCCUUUAAUCAAUCCUUUGUCUCAGACAAUUCAAGUCCCUGUUCUCUUUGAGGGCUCCUACAAUUGAUUACAUUCGUGUCCUAAAGUAUGUGGAUCUUAAAUACCGUAAAUAUAAAGCAAGAAAAGCAACUAACCUGGUCAAUGUGGUUGCAAGUUCAACAAGGCACUGAGUGCAGAGGUGUUCUGCUGUGAAUGUGCUUCCAGGUCACAUCUUCAUGGAGUUGGAGGAAACAUCCUGCAUCUUGGUCUGCAUCUGUCCACAUGGAAGAGAGAAUUCUGUUUCCAGGGCUUGUUGAAACUCUAUUUUUCCUGGAAAUAUUAAUAAUCAAAAACUUCAGUAAUACUGAGAAGCUGAUGUUACUGAUGAGAAGCAAAAGAUGACCAUGCUGUGCAAGAGAGACAUCCUUGGAGGUCUCAGUAUCCAAAUGUUUUAUCGUUGAAAACAUUUGUAGUGGUAUCUAGUUCUCAGCAAGUACCUAAGGUUAUCUUGCAACUUCUGCUGGUUAUAGAAUCAUAGAAUCAUGGAAUAGUUUGGAUUGGAAGUGACCUAAAUGAUCAUCUAGUUCCAAUCCCCCCUACCGUGGGCCGGGACACGUCCCACUAGACCAGGCUGCCCAAGGCCCCAUUCAACCAUAUUCUAUGGGGUUUUUUUUUACCAAGGAAGAGAUGGAUACUUUCUAGAAGUUAAAAUAAUACGUGCAUCAACUAUUUGUCAUUGCUGUUUCCCUGGCUAGAUUGUCAGCUUAUUAUGGUAAGCUUUGCAGAAUUUGCACAUCUCUGGGGAUGGGAAAUAUUAAUUUCCUUAAGAAUAUGGGGGGUUUGUCCUGUACUGGUACACCUUUCAGUUCAUUAUCAUUAGUUCAGUGACUUGCCUUGUUGAAAUUUAAUGGAUCUUCCUAUAAUCUUUCAGUUGGUUCAAAUUACUUUUACAGUAAGUUUGUGCUAAGCAAAAUUAUACACCGCCCAGCUUCUAUUGAAACUGGCCUGCAGGUUCAGAGUUGUUAGAAGGGAAGAGGAAAGAGGGAAUAGGCUCUGAAGUGCUGUGCAGAGACUGACCAGAAAAGAGCUACAUUUUCCUAGGAAAUAGGACUAAAAGUAGAAAAUGACAUCGGAAGAACAUUGUUGUAUUAUCUGGGUAAUGUCAGAUAAACGCUCUCUUGAACUCACACUCUGUACUGUCUCUGGAUGAUAGUUCACCAAAAAACAAACUCUUUAAUUUUAUGAAAGGAAAUUUGAAACAUUUAUCAAAAGACAUGGUCCUAAUUACUGUGUUGUCAGGAUCAAACAGGGACCGUGUGUGAAAAAUCAUUUAUGGGGGAAAAAGGGACAUGUGGAGUCUCCCAGCUCUUUGUUUGGAACAUAUUCUUGGGUAAACUGUUCAUGUAAUUUUUAUGUUUACAGCUCUAUGUACACAUUUUGUGUAAUUAAAACAGUAGCUUGAAGUAAAUACUUGAGUAUAGUAUAUUAGUAAGUCUGCCAAAUGACUCUUCAUAAAAUAUUUGUUUGUCCACACAUGAGAAACAUGAAAAACACAAUAGUUAAUACAGUGUUUGUAUUUAAUUCUGUUAUUGAAGACCUUGAAGACUGAAAUCCCAAUUAUACAUUGUAAUCCAUUAGUAAGGAUGCUUUAUAGCUGCUGCUGCAUGCUGCUGAUAAUGAGAGAGGAUGAUAAAUUAUAACAAUUAUUUUCCAGUUAUAUUUUUAAAAAACUCCGCUUCUUGGGGUUUGUUGCCUUUAGGAAAUGUGAGGAGGACCAUUGCUUAUAGGAAAAUCCAAUUUGCGCACGUAUCAGUUCUAGUUCUGAAUACUUACAUAUUCAAAGACUGAUUAAAACAAGCUCAGAGGAGCCAAUGUGGUGUAGUUGAUCAUUUCUCUGCUGCUGCACAAGGAGAUAUUUGUGUGUUCAUUAGGAGAGAACUGUUUGUAGAAAGCAUACUUAAUAAAACCACACAGUAAAUAAAAGGAAUUUGAAAGACGUGAUUAUUCAGUUGGGUCUUCAUUAACAACAAGGAGAAAAACAUUCUAGGGUUUU